CCCACCCUCGAGCUGCGGUGUUUGCCGAUCAGUUCCUGAGUUUCCUUUUUCCCCGGUCGUUCCCCCAGGCCCCCCCUUCCCGAACGCAUCUCCCACUCGAUUCUGCACCUAAGAAGAUCCACCGCACCACACACUCGGGUCUUCUCACGACCGCAUCGAUUUAUCGCUCGACCCGACGGGAGUCGCCAACAUGGUUUGGGUCGACAACGCAACGGCCGAGGUUGACGCCAUCUCGGAAUGGCGCACCAUUGUCGCCAUUUCCAGUGUUCUCUCGGCAUUUUCUAUCGCCAUCGUGAUGGCACGGGUCUGGAUCAGGCACAAGAAUCAUGGGUUGGCGGCCGAUGACUGGAUGGCGAUAUUGUCUAUGGUGUUUGCACUGAUCUACUCGAUUUUGUGCAUCGUCCAAACGAAAUAUGGCCUGGGACUCCCGCUUAAGUUGCGGCCGCCAGAGAACCUCCUCCCUUACACCCGAACCAACUUCGCCGGCCGACCGAUUUACCAGAUAGGCAUCAGCUUCUUCAAGGUGGCAUUGUUGAUCAGUUACCUGCGGCUCUUCAAGGGAACCAACCACCUCGUCUACCGCCGAGUGGUUUGGGUCGCCAUUAUCGCCGUCGUGGCCGGGCACUUGGGAUGCGCGUUGACCCUGAUCCUGGCGUGUACUCCGGUACACAGAUCGUGGGAGCCAUCGACACCCGGCACGUGCCUUCCACCCGGUCCGUCAUUCACAGCAUAUGCCAUCGUGACGAUCGUGUCCGACGUGGUGGUGGCUGUCAUCCCGAUCCCCGUGCUGCUGCAGCUCAGGGUCAACUUGGGCAAGAAGAUUGGUCUCAUUGUCAUUUUCCUGUUGGGUCUUUUCACGACCCUGUGCUCCGUCUUCCGGUAUCUGCAGAUCGACAGGAUCCAAUACGGCGACGGCAACUCGACCAUGCUCAUUCUGUGGGGUGUGAUUGAGUUCAACGUCGGGAACGUGGUCUCGUCGCUACCAUUCCUCGCGCCGAUCUUCCUGCGCAAGGCCAAGCAGUACACGACCAAAUACUCGGGGAGCGGGAACAACUACGGCAGCGGGGCGCGCAAAAUCGGCAAGUCGAGCGAGGCGUACAAGCUGAGCAGCCUCUCCAGCCAGCACAAGGGCACCUUCGUCACCGCGCAGGGGCAGAGCAACGGCAGCGAGGAAAACAUACUCAAGGCGAGCACCGAGAAUGCGCCCGAGAACACCAUCAUGAAGUCGGUCACGUAUAGCGUGCGAGUCGACUGAGACAGUGUCAUCCAGGGCGGCAUGCAGGCGCUUGGCUUGGCGUUCUCAUUACACAUCGAAUAGAUUCCAAUUACACACGGCGUGACAGAAGGGCGGCGGCGUCAACGGACUGGACUGGCUGGGCUUACAGGGUGGGGUUCUGCUUUUCUUGGGGUUUUUUUCUUGGGCCGGGCACCCAGAAAUAUGUAUAUACCUAUUUACGACCUUGUGCG